CUCAGACUUGAGUUUCUCUCAUGGCUUCCAACGCAGACUGUAUUACCAAUUUACCUAGCGAGGUGCCGUUGGUCGGCCUAUCUGAGACAGACAAGGCCGCCGUGGCACCUAGCGAUGAGGUUAACUGGGAUGGUCCGGACGAUCCAAAGAACCCGUUGAACUGGUCGGAGAAGAGGAGGCUGAUCUCAGUAAUCCUCAUCAGUAUCGUUGGGUUUUUGACCCCCUUUUCGUCCUCGGUAUCCGCACCAGCUACGGCCCAAAUUAUGAACGAAUUUUCCAGUUCUGACGAGACAUUGGAAGGCUUUGUGGUGUCUGUCUUUGUGCUUGGCAAUGCGGUCGGCCCUCUACUGUUUGGACCCGCAUCGGAGGUCUGGGGAAGAAGCAUCAUUCUGAACAGUUGCAAUGCGCUCUUCGUCGCUUUCACAAUCGGCUGUGCUCUGGCAACUUCCUUGCCUAUGUUGAUGGUCUUUCGAUUCCUAUCUGGCUGUGUGGGCGCUGCUCCAGUGGCCAUCGGUGGAGGAGUCAUCGCGGAUUUGAUACCAAAGGAACGACGAGGGAAGGCGAUGGGGAUAUUCACGACUGGAUCCUUGGCCGGUCCAGUUGUGGGUCCGAUCGCAGGAGGAUAUCUUGCUCAGGGCAUCAACUGGAGAUGGUCAUUUUGGUUGGUGGUUAUAAUUGGGGGUCUGGUAUCAGUCCUGGUGUUGCUUUUCCUGCGAGAAACACACGCCCCAACGGUUCUCAAGUGGAAAGCGAAUAAGAUACAGAAGCAUACAGGAGGGACGAUUCUGAGAGUGCCUGGGAUCAAGGAUGAGCCGUUGAGUAGAGUCUGCACCCAGGCAAUUGUCAGACCAGCCAAGAUGCUCUUUCUCAGCCCUAUCACCGCAUCCUUGUCCGUUUUCCAAGCUCUCGUCUUUGGCUACAUGUAUCUGAUGUUUACCACCUUUACCCCCACCUUCGAGACCAAGUAUGGAUUUUCCCUCGGGGAGUCUGGGGUCGUUUAUCUUUCGCUUGGAGUGGGAAUCGCCAUUACAGCGUACGCCGUCACGCAAUAUAGCGACAAGCUCAUGCUUGCCAGAGGGGUCAAAAAGAACCGUGAAGGACGGCCUGAAGACAGGUUGCUUCUCAUGAGCUACGGUGCUCCAAUGGUGCCUAUUGGCCUGUUGUGGUACGGGUGGUCUGCUCAGAACGAACUGCAUUUUAUGGUGCCGAUUGUAGGCAUCGCCUUUGUCGGAUUGGGUAUCAUGAGUGUGUCGCUGCCUGGAAACCUCUACAUGGUGGACACCUUCACCAACUACGCUGCCUCCGCUCUGGCGGCUGUGACAUUUCUUCGUUCAGUAGCAGGGGGCUUGAUUCCUCUGGCUGGCCCACCCAUGUUCAAUGCUUUGGAUGUUGGCUGGGGCUGUUCCACUCUGGCGUUUAUUGCUGUUACCUUGUGCCCCAUUCCUCUGUUACUUACGCGGUAUGGGGAGCUGAUCAGAACGAAAUUUCCUGUUCGUCUCUAG